AUGGGAUUUGGUGAAAAAUGGAGGAAGUGGAUUCAUUGUUGUGUUGAGUUUGCUAGAUUCUCUGUGCUUGUGAAUGGUAGUGCAACUGGCUAUUUUAAGAAUGAAAAAGGCAUAAGUAAAGGUGAUCCCAUCUCACCUUUUUUAUUUCUUUUGGUGGGUGAAUUUCUUACAUCUAUGAUCAAAAAGUCUCAAGAAAAAGGACUUGUCUCUGGUUUUCAAUCUAAAGAAGGUGGUAUGAUGGUGAUUCAUUUGCAAUUUGCAGAUGAUACUCUCAUCUUUCCAGAUGCUGAUGAAGAGCAAGUGAAGAAUCUUAGGCUUAUUCUCAUAUCUUUUGAGAUGCUUACAAGACUAAAAUUCAAUUUUGCUAAAAUCCAGAUUUUUGGAGUUGGUUAUGAGGGAGAUUUAUCUGUUUUCUCCUCUCUUUUAGGUUGUUACAGUGGUGUUCUUCCUACUUCUUAUUUAGGACUGCCAUUAGGUGACAAAUGUAGAGGAAUUGAUAAAUGA